GGCGGGGGGACAUGCACGAGGACAUGGGACCCGGGUCGGGCCGCCCUGGGCCUCGGGGUCCCCCGGCCACCUGGAGAGCGCGUUGCGGGGAUCUUCCCCGCGGGACUCCGCACCAGUGGUGACUUCUCCAGCUGCCGAGGCGAACUUGGCCGAUGACCACCCUCCCCUCCCUCAGCCCAUAGGGACGUCUGCUGCUGGUGGGGACUGCGGACAAGCCCCCCAUUCUGCCGCUGAUCACCCAUCUGGGGCUCUGGCUGUCCUUUAAGGAACUUAGGAGAGCUCCCACGCACAACACACAAAGGGACAGAGAGCAGCCGGGAGCAGGGCCACACCUGGAGCAGCAGCCCCUGCCGUGGACAAGGGGGCUGCCUGUGUCUGGACGGCGGUGCUGGCGUGUCCCUGGGGUCCCUGCUGGGGCGGUGACGGCCAGGCUGCUCUUUAGUGUUCUUGGCACACAUGUUUUUCAGCCUGUGCCUGCCACACCCUCUUCCCCACGCCCGCUGCUGGGGGACACCGAGGGCAGCUGGAUUCAACCCCAGGACCUGCGGUUCUGGCUUCUUUUUGUUGAUAUGCAGAAACAGAGGCCCAGAGAGAUGAAUAGCCUGCCUGGGGUCCCCCAGCCCAGAUGCUGCAGAGCUGACAUUUGAAUCCAGAGAAGAGCGAGCUGAGGCUGGAGCUGAGCAGAGGGCAGGGAGGCAAGUGGUGGCCUGAGAGUUUGCUGAGGAUGAUGGCUUCCAGCUCCAUCUCUUUCCCCGCAAAGGACAUGAUCUCAUUCCUUUUUAUGGCUGGAUAGUUUUCCAUGGCCCCAGGCUCCCCUCCAGGCCCCGCGAUUGCCACCAUGAAGCUGAAUGAGCGCAGCCUGGCCUUCUAUGCCACCUGCGACGCCCCGGUGGACAAUGCAGGCUUCCUGUACAAGAAGGGUGGGCGGCACGCGGCCUACCACCGGCGCUGGUUCGUGCUGCGCGGGAACAUGCUCUUCUACUUCGAGGACGCUGCCAGCCGUGAGCCCGUGGGCGUCAUCAUCCUGGAGGGCUGCACCGUGGAGCUGGUGGAGGCCGCCGAGGAGUUCGCCUUCGCUGUGCGCUUCGCGGGGACCCGGGCGCGCACCUACGUGCUGGCCGCUGAGAGUCAGGAUGCCAUGGAGGGCUGGGUCAAGGCCCUGUCGCGUGCCAGCUUCGACUACCUGCGGCUGGUGGUGCGCGAGCUGGAGCAGCAGCUGGCGGCUGUACGUGGCGGGGGUGGCAUGGCCCUGCCCCAGCCCCAGCCCCAGUCCCUGCCCUUGCCCCCGUCCCUGCCCUCUGCCCCGGCCCCAGUCCUGUCCCUGCCUUCUGCCCCAGCCCCGGUCCCAGCCCUGCCCCUGCCCCGCCGGCCCAGUGCCCUCCCGCCCAAGGAGAAUGGCUGCGCUGUCUGGAGCACUGAGGCCACCUUCAGGCCUGGACCCGAGCCCCCUCCACCACCGCCUCGCCGCCGGGCCUCAGCACCCCACGGGCCCCUGGACAUGGCCCCCUUCGCCCGGCUGCACGAGUGCUAUGGCCAGGAGAUCCGGGCCCUGCGUGGCCAGUGGCUCAGCAGCCGGGUCCAGCCCUGAGGCCACCAGGGUGCCUGUUUUAAGGGGACACAAGCUCUACGCCCUCUGGGACAGGCCGGGUCCUGGAGAGACUGGGGGAGCAGAUCCUGAGGGAAAUCAUGGGCAAGGCUGGC